AUGUCGUUCCUAGGCGCACUUGGGUUAGCUGAAGGACUGAGCGCAAUUCCGUUUGUCCCGUAUAUGAUGGUUACGGUGUUCAUCGGUGUUUUCUUGCUCAACUUGAAGGGAAUCCCUGGAUUUUGGCAUGUACGGCUUUUCAAAGGAGUUGCAACACAGCUUUUUCAGGCUAAAUGGCCCAAUUCUCAUUCAGAUAACGGCAAUGUCCUGGGCUCUAGAAAUAUCGGGGUUAUGCCGGUAACUCCUGCUCAGCCAAAUAACGUUCCCAAAUUGUUCUCCUAUCUAAUAACAAUGCACCGCAACCCGCCCAUCGAAUGUGACUUUAAUAUGCACAAGUCCAACAGCACAUUCUUCUCCGACCUCGACAUCAACCGGACGCAGUUACUCCUCAAUAUAUUUCGUGGCUUUCCUCGCUGGGCGGCGGAAGAGGACGUGGCAUUAGCAUCUGCCGGUGAGGAGAGCAGUUGCGUCGACAAGAAGAGCACGUUAAGAAAAGGAGCACGUAAGGAGAAGCUCCUAGGCAUCGCACUCGGUGGAGUUUCCUGCACCUUCAAGCGGGAGAUUAAGCCACUACAGCGAUAUGAUAUCUGGUCUCGCGUACUCACCUGGGAUGAAAAGUGGCUGUAUAUCGUGAGCUAUUUCGUGAAAGAAGGGACAGGCAAGGCGGUCAUGCGCUCGUUAUCAACAGGAGUCAGUGGGCUUGGAUCUAACUUCAGUGCAGGCGAUUAUAUAUUUGCCUCUUGCUUGAGUCGAUAUGUUCUAAAGGAUGGAAGGCGAACUAUUAAACCAGAAAAUGUGCUAGUGUACAUGGCGCUAUAUCCAGCAGCGAAGGCCGAAGCAUCAAAGGAAGAGGAAGACAAGGAAGAUAGAGCUGAGGACUGCACGGCAAUAUUUGCAGCACAGAAACAACGGGGGCUGGAAGUCGUGAGGUCCUUUCAUGAACUGGACGCGCUUCCCUUGCAUUUUGGUGACACGGCGUCGUCGGUCCUUGGGCGAUAUAUGGAUCUAUAG